AUGACGUGGCAUAAAUCAUGCUUACCACGUAUUACUGUACCGUGUGAUCAGAAUCCGAAAAGUUUUUCCGAUUUAUCUCGACAUACCAGUGUAUUUGGUGUACCUUUAUCCAGUCAAUUAAGUGGACCUUCUAAAUUGGUACCAGUUGUUGUGGAACGUUGUGUUGAUGAGCUUCAAAAACGUGGAUUAAAAGUGAAGGGAAUUUAUCGUACAUGUGGUGUGAAAAGUAAAAUUGAGCAAAUAUGUGAAGAUUUUGAGCGAGCAAGUAAUGGUAGUGAAGUGGAUUUAAGUAGCUAUCAUCCGAUGAAUAUUGCUUCCGUUAUUAAGCUUUAUCUGAGAAAAUUGCCGGAACCGUUACUGACGCAUGAGUUAUACGACGAAUGGAUAGCAUUUGCUGAAAAAAAUUUAGUUGAGGAGGAUGCAGAAAUCGUUGAUCAUAUCAGAUCAUUGAUGAAAAAAUUACCAGCCAGAAAUAUGGAUGCAUUGAAAUUUUUGUUGCUUCAUUUAAAACGAGUCACCUGGUUUGAAAUGGACAAUUUAAUGACAGCAUCAAAUUUGGGUGCGGUAAUAACGCCAUCGAUGAUUUGGAAGCAUCCAUCGCCAUCCUCAACCGCCGCCACCAACAAUAAUUCCUUUCUGUCUAAUGCUCAUUUGAUGAGUAAAGCUGUGGAAUUAAUCAUCAAAUAUGCUUUCGAAGUGUUCAAUGUUGACGUCGCUGAGGACAGGCGAAUUUUUUUCCAGCAGUAUCCGGAUGCCGUUGAUGCAUUUUCUGUUGAUCCGGAAUUGGAUGAUCGAUUAUGCGAGGGCGAAGGAAUAGUGGAUGAAGAUUUACUUGAAGAUGAAACAGAUGCAGUUUGUUCCACUUUUCUACCGCAACCACCAACUCCGGAUUUGUUGAAAAAUACGUCUCGUAACAAAAACGAAGCCUAUUCAAUAAAUGAAGAUAUCGAUCUGGAUAGUCCUUCGGGAUCAGCACGUGCCAGUGGAUCAAGUCAAUCCGGUGGACUAUCUGCACGAGCUUAUUCAUUAACAG